AUGUCUCACACAAUCGAGAACUUGAAGAACACUUUUGUCUGGAAGAAGCCGGAGCCUGUUGACUGUGACGCCGAGGCUGGACCCUCCUCUGGUUCACCUGUCGCUCGUACCAUCAACGACGAUGACAGGACUAGGAUCGAGGAACAAGAGCGUGCUGCUCCGGCUGCGGCCCCCAUCACUCGUACUGAGACCCGCGACACACACCCUGCUUUCCCGAUUGAGCACCGCAAGUUUGGUAACCCUGCUCCUCUGGGACUGUUCGGUUUCGCGGCCACUACUCUGAUGCUCGGUCUCUACUAUGUAAACGUCCGUGACAUUACGGUGCCAAACAUGGUCGUCGGUAUGGCUUUCUGCUUUGGUGGUCUUGCGCAACUCUUGGCCGGCAUGUGGGAAUUUGGUGUUGGCAACACAUUCGGUGCAACCGUCUUUUCGUCCUACGGUGGCUUCUGGAUCGCAUAUGCCAUCAUCCUCUUCCCCCCUAGCGGCGUUUCUGGCGACAAGGCCGACGAUCUCUCGGACGCACUCGGCAUCUUCCUCAUGGUCUGGUUCAUUGUCUCGCUUAUCUUCUUCUUCGGCACCUUCAAGGCAUCUAUCGUCAUGUCGACUCUGCUCGUCUUUGUCUGCAUGGGAUACCUCUUGCUCAUGAUUGGCCAGUUCAGGGACCAGAUCUCCGUCCUCAAGGCCGGCGGUGUGUUCUGCUGCUUGGCCGCAUUCACCGCCUUCUACAUUGGUGCCGCUGAAUUACAUGCCUCUGCUGGAGCUUACUGCCUCUUGCCUGUCGGAAACCUCAAGGAGACCUCAGUUCACGGACUCUGCACCAAGGGCAGCAAGAAGAACCAGAGCGCCUAA